AUUGAACUAGAAGGUCUCUUUGUUCUUGAUACUCACAUACAUAGGCAAUGAAAUUCGAAGACUAUCUCAUGGAGAAAAGCCAAGAGUCUCAAAAUAGACAACAACUUGAGAACGAGGUUGUUCAAUACCAAGCACAAUUGAAAGAUGAAGAGGCACUCAAUAGGGUCUUACUUUGUGCAACACUGCAUGGACCUGUUUGUUCUCUUCAACAUAUUCCUUCACAGUUUCCACCUCAGGUUUAUGAGCUUCUUGAAGAAUUGGCAUUUGUAGAGGAAGAGAUUAUUUUGCUUGAAAGAAAAGUUAAGGAACUAAAACUUAGAUUGAACCAGGAGAGAAAUGAGACGAUGGAUUGGAAACUACGCCAUGGAAGACAGCCUAAACUAAGUAACCAGUUCCAAGGAUCAUUUUCACACAACUUUGAAGUGUUCAAUAAAGAAAGAAAAUCAAAAGAUAGAAGGGCCUCUUUAGGUUCUUCAUUGGAUAUUCAUAGCUUAUUUUCCACCCCAAGAACAUCAAAAGAACAUGAAGUGCCAAGAAGGAAAACAGGUCAAACUCCAAGACAAAAUGUCAUUGAGAAACCAAAUGAAUUGUCAGAGGAACUUCUUAAUUGUCUAAUUGGCAUUUUCCUUGAAUUGAACCAAGCAUCAUUGGACAUAAGAGAAUCAGAAACUACUGUCCCAAGACUCACUCUUUCCUGCAUGAAGUCGAAAGGCUUCAUCUCAAAGACUAAUUCAUCCAACUGCAAGACAAAUUCAUUCCUUUCAAAUGGAAAUGCAUCUUGUCUUGACCCAUAUGGUAUAUCAGCAGAUUUGGAUUGCACAGCAAGAGAUGUAGGACCUUAUAAGAACUUCAUCCAAAUUACUAGCAGUUCAUUAGACACUGAGUUUUUUUCACACUGUUUGCCAGCAUUCAGAAAAUUGAGGGUCUUGAUGCAUAAGCUAUGUGAUGUUGAUUUAAGUUUCUUGAGCUACAAGCAAAAGUUGGCAUUUUGGAUCAACAUAUACAAUGCCUGCAUAAUGAAUGCAUUUUUGGACCAUGGCCUUCCUUCUACACAAGAUAAAUUGUUGUCUCUUAUGAAUAAGGCCGCAAUGAAUGUAGGCGGGAUAGUGCUGAAUGCUCUGGCUAUUGAACACUUUAUUCUUCGGCAUCCAUGUGAAUCAAAACAUGGUCCUGUGGAUGAAAAGGAAGUCCUGGUGAGGCAUGCUUAUGGUGUGGGGUAUCCAGAACCCAAUGUCACGUUUGCUCUCUGCCGAGGCACUUGGUCUUCACCAGCUUUAAGGGUGUACGCUUCAGAAGAAGUUGUGAACCAAUUAGGGAGGGCCAAAGUUGAGUACUUGGAAGCAUCAGUUGGUAUAACAAACAAGAGAAAGAUAAUUGUGCCUAAGCUUCUGCAGUGGCACAUGCAUGAUUUUGCAGAUGAGAUGGAAUCACUAGUGGAAUGGAUCUAUAGCCAACUGCCACGCUCAGGAUCAUUGAAAAGAGCCAUGAUGGAAUGCCUAAUAAGGGAAACAAAAUAUCCCAUGUCUAAAAUGGUAGAAAUCCAGCCAUAUGAAUCAGAAUUCCGCUACAUCCUACCCAUUUAAUCUACUGAAGCACUAAGAAAAAAAAUGGUGUUAUACUAUUUGUUUGAUAGAUAGAGCACUACAAUGUUUCAUCAAACAAUAUCUACUAACAUUAAUGCAUUAGACAGAAUU